UCCACAUUCUGCUGGACGAGCAACCGGCUCUGAUCGGCUGCGACCUGGUACCUCAUCAAGACCCGCACGGGAUCCGCCCCUCCCUCUUUCUUCGUCUGCAAAGCGACCCAGGCUUGCCCUGAUUUUGCUGAGUCGGCAGCCAGAUCGACAGCCCCGCUGGCUGCAACCCGUAUCCGCUUCCUGCUGGCACAGACCACCUGCAGCGACAUGACCGUGGAUCCGCACCUCCAGCACAUCGACAGCCUCCUGAGUGACGAGGGCGCCAUUGUUACUUGCAAGUCGCUCUCGCGCAGCCUCAAUGUCCCCGUAAACGAAUCCAAGACACUCCUUGAGAAUUACCGGCGCCAAUCGCCAGGAGUUCAUGCCAUCUACUUUAUCAGCGGCAAAACCAAUCAAGGGGCGGAGAUUGUGGCCAAGUUUGCGGCGCAGGAGCACUUGGAAGAAAUCACAAGGCAGCUCGAACACUCCAGCUACUAUGUCUAUAGCUUACAGACGCACGCUCCAAAGGAUACCGAGGCCAUGUUCGCCACGGAUUAUCAAGUCCAAGCUGCCGAUGACCUCUCCAACGUCAGCCAUUUCCGAGCAAUCAAGUCUGCAACCGUGGAGUUUAAUUUCAAGCGAAUGGGUGGCUCGUCUGCAGCGCAGGCCGCUUCCAGCGACACUGUUCCGAAACCAGUCGCUGUCCAGCCCAAGGCAAAACCAGAACCUGAGCCCGGCCGCGCUACCGUUGCUCCUAAGACAGUCGAGAAGCCCGUCCCGGCCAACAACGAAAAGUCAAACAAACACUUGACGACCUCGGACAAGCGGCAGGCGUUUUUGAACUCGUUUGUCAAGAAGGAAGCCGCUCGACCCAAAUCGGCACCCGAAAACUCUGCCACCAAGGACACUCCAUUUGCAUCCAAAUUGACCUCGGCGGUCCAGGCGAGCGAACCGGAUGCAGUCGCAAACCAAGCUACCGAGCCCGGGCGAUCUAACGGCCGCUCUGAGCGUCCGCAUCAGAGUGGAUCGAAAACUAGCAGUCCGAUACAACCAGCAGCCAAGGCGGCGCCCAAAUCGGUCGCCCGCAGAGUAGAGCCAGAGGUGCGCUCCGAAGUAUCGAUAGCGCAAGAAAAGAUCCUGAGCGAUCUGAUGGAUGACGAUGAAGAUGAAGAUGGCAACGAGGACGACAUGGCGGCUGCAGACCCGAACGAGCUGUCUGAGCCACAGGCCAAGCGAGCCCGACUCCAAACCGCAACCUCUGUGAUAUCCGACGAGGGCGCCGGCUCGCCAUCUGCAGGUGUCCGGCGUGUCCGCAAGCGCCGACAGAAGAAGGUUACCAAGACGUUUCAGGAGGGAAAAUAUCUUGUGACUCGAGAUGUUGUCGAAUGGGAGUCCUACUCCGAGGAUGAGGCUGAGCCCUUGCCCGCCAAGCCCAUACAGCCGCAAUUGCCUCGACAGCAGUCGGCCGAUUCAGAGCCCGCAGAAGCCGACACCAAGGGCAAGAAGAAGAAGCAAAGCCGAACGCAGAUGGCCGGGCAGCAGUCUCUGCUCAGCUUCUUCUCGAAGAAGUAGCGGUUUGUGCAUGGCCGCCGAGCAGACAGGGCAAAUCCGCCACGAGCAGCCGUGGGCUGAUCUCUUGGCCAUGGUCGCUAGCGCUAGCACCGGUACUGGGCAGCAAUACAUCUGCUGUGCUAUUUCGAACA